UAUUGUUUUUCCGUGCGGUUUCUUGUUCCGACUCGUUUCUGCUUGUUCAUACACAUUCCGAUCAACCAUGGAUUACACAGAUGCACAACGUGUUGAAGGUAUAUUUUUUAAAGAGAGAAACCCCGAUUCACAACCCGAAGAUGUUGAAAUGAUGUCUGUUGAGGAAAGUAGCGAAUCUGUAAAUACCAGAUAUGACAUGGAUCGUAAUAAAGAGAAUCUGGCUUUAAUAAUCAACAAUGAAACCUUCGACGAAUCGACUAAAAUGUCUAAACGACAAGGAUCCGAUAGAGAUGCAUCAGCAAUUAAACAGACAUUGGAGUCGUUGCAUUUUAAGGUGAUUAACCGCAAGAAUUUAUCAGUGAAAAGCAUGAAACAAAUCUUUUUGGAUAUAUCCACGAUGGAGCAUGCAAAGCAUAACUGCUUCGUGUGUGUUAUAUUGACCCACGGCGAAGACGAUAACCAGGUGUACGGCACUGAUGGAAAAGUAAGUCUAGAUGCUCUAGUGGAGACGUUGCUUCCUGAUAGAUGCCCAGGUUUAAUAGGUAAACCAAAACUAUUCUUCAUACAAGCCUGUCGGGGAACGAAACUGGACAGUGGUGCAAUUAUGCACGAUGCUGGGGAUGUCAGAGUCAAAUAUCAAAAUGCCACAUCUCACAAAGUACCACUUUGGGCAGAUGUUCUUCUGGCUUAUUCCACUGUCCCUGGAUUUUAUUCCUGGAGAAAUUCUACAAAUGGAUCGUGGUUUAUUCAGUCGUUAGCCCACAUUUUGGAAAAAGACGGAGACCGACUUGAACUGCAACAAUUAAUGAUUUCAGUAAAUCGUAGGGUUGCCUAUGAAUACGAGUCUAAUGCCAGCCAUUCAUUUAUGAAUAAAAUGAAACAGGUUCCUUGCAUAGCAAGCAUGUUAACAAAAGAAUUAUACUUUUACAAGUAAAACCUUUCUUCUUCUCUCUCUCUCCCCUUGUACACGCGCACACACAUAUGUGUAUAUAUAUAUAUAUGUCGAUGCAAACAUCAAAAAUACAUCAUACCACUCAAAAUACGCGUAUAUGUAAAUUUUCAUUAAUAUUUAACAGUUCGUUUGGUAAGUGCCAACGCACGAAACACUCGGGACUUGAGUCAUUCUGUUACUUCUGCUAAAUAUCAAUAAAAAUAAACACACACACACACAUAUAUAUACAUAUUUAUAUUCAUCUGUGCAAAAUACUUGAAACUUCGUACUUUUCCGUCUUGAUUUCUGCUGAGAACACUUGCUAAAUAUGUGUUGCUGACAUAUUUAAAGAAUAUGCUUGUCAGUGAACAGGUCGUGGUUUCAAAGCGACAAAAAAUAUUUUGACAAAUUAAAUUUAAAUGUUAAGUGAAUCUAACGGUUUUUUUUUCUUCCUUUUUUAAUGGCUUAUAAACACCUUCCUUGCUGCAAUUGUUAUGAAAUAUACUGAAAACCUAAAAAUAAAAUUCAUAAUUCAUA